AUGCCGAAGCCCACCAAGGCGGACCUUCAGGCCGAGCUUGCCUUGCUCGGGGAGACAGCACCAGCAGGAUGGACCAAGCUGGAGCUGGAACAACGUCUUCGGGAACUACGCGAGCUGGGGGUGACCGACCACGAGAAUGUGAGGGCGAACACGAGCAUGGAGAAGAUGAUGAAGGACUUGAGGAGGGCCAGCCGGCUCAAGAGCACGCUGGCCAAGUACUGCACCGAGACGUUGCAGCUCGAGCUCACGGGCAACGAGGUGAUGGCCAAAUUGAUCGACAAGGCCACCAAGGAGAUAUACCGAGUGUGCCCUGCCGAGGGCCACGACUUGGUCAGCUUCGGGAAGCAUGCGGACGAGUGCUACAUCACGCUGGCCACGGAGUAUCCCGAGUACGCCACAUGGGUCAAGACAACCUACAAGGAGAACGGCGAGGAACAUGUGGAACCACGGUUGGCGCGCUUGGCGAAAUGGCUCGUGGAUCAGGACCAGAAGCCCCUGCCCAAGUCCAAGGCAAUGCUUCGCAGGGAGCAGGGCUACAUGAAGAUGCGAGGACCGAUGACAUCUACGACGCAAGGCGGGCGAACCAGUGGAAGUCGGGCCAGCACGGACCCGAUGCCAGCACAGGCCAUGAAGAUGAUGGGCGAGAUGGCCGAAGCCCUGGAAUCCAUGAGGCAAGAGUUGGCCGAGGUGAAGGGCCAGCGACCACGCAAGACAGCGGGCAAGAGCGACGAGGGCCACCUCACGGACGGUUCGUUCAGUGUCCUGAGCAACUCCCCCCAGAAGGAGCACGAGACUAUGAGUGCAUCCCAGCGGUUGAGUGCCCAGCUGAAAAGCCAGAGCACCCGAGCGCUUCCUGUCAACCGAGCCCGGGCCCUGGAGAGGCCCUAUCUCAUGGAAUGUGCCUGUGAAGCCGACAGCAUCCUUUCCAGCACUGUGCAGACGGUGGCAAAAAGCGAGGAAGCUGCCACACGGUGUGCCUUGUACAACGGCUGUGACUUAUCAUGUGAUGCUGGAGUGCGAUUGAUCAUGGCUAGGAUUGAAGCUGAGCGACCACAACAUGUGUGGUUGAGUCCCCCCGGAAGUGCGUUCUUUCCUUUACAGCAUUCGAACCAAGCGGACAAAGCCCAAGCUGAAGCCCUCAAAGCCAAGCGUAGGGAAGCCCUCAAAGUGUUUGUAGGAUGUACUUGUGUCAUGCACUACGCCAUCCAGAAGGGAAUCCAUGUGACCUUGGAAGUAGCGGAUCGGUCUGACGCCUGGCGCCUACCUUUGCUCAACCAGCUGCAACAGAAGUAUAAUAUGUUCAAGGCGGUCGCUAGUGGAUGUGCUUUCAAUUUGAAGGAGGUUGCGAGUGGUAGGCUUGUUCAGAGGGGCUGGCGUGUCCUUACAACGCACAAGCGGCUGGCAACCACCUUGGAGGAAGUUCAUCUCGCUAAGGAGCAGCUGAACCAAGCCGAAACCAGCGCUCGAGCCCAUCAACAGGAGAAACCCCGAUAUCUGAUCCUUGGUACUUACGCUUGUGGGAACCACUAUGGCAUCACCAAGGCGAGUACAAAUCAGGACAUCUCCGGGCUACACGGCGCCAGGUGGUCGUGUUCGAUGCCAGGAAAUGGCAUGCUGUACAAGCUUGGCAAGGAUUGUGGUUUCCAGUGGCAGGGUCUUGGGGUUAAGGAAGAUGUUCAGGCAGUGUUCCAACGGCCAGCGAAGAAGGGGAUCCAGCUUGAGGAAGAAAUCAAACGAAAGUUGAACGUGGAUCCGUUGGUUCUUAGGAGUGAGAUAUACCUGGACAUUAUUCCGGGCGAAGCUCAUUGGCAGAUCGGUACGGCCGAGAAUGCCAUUCAGGGACUUAAGACCGUCAUGACCAAGCUGAGCAGCGAGGAUCCCAGCUUGACCGCGGAACAGGCUAUGAGCCUGGCUGUGAGUACGUUCAACCACAGGGAAAUGAUCAGAGGUUUUUCACCUGCACAACACGUACUAGGCUGUGCGCCGGAUGAGACUGGGCGACAUGUGUUUGGAAACCAACAAAUCCGCGACGACGUGAUCCUGAAUCAACCACUACAGGAUUUCCGAAAAGAGACGGAACUGCGGGCGACCGCAGAGAAGGCAUUGGUUGAGUGGCAAGCCCAACAACGGCUGACCAGAGCAGCUAAUUCUCGUGCAAGGCCCAGUCAUCGAUAUCAUCCCGGAGACUUAGUAUACUUCUGGAGGACACAAGAGUCCGGGAAAGGAAGAAGGUGCCCAGGAACAGCUCAAGGGCGCUUCCUCGGGCCCGCACGGAUCUUGGCCAUGGAGACAAGACAGUCAGAGGAGGGCGAAGCGCGUCCUUCACACGCCAUCUGGGUGGUGAGAGGGAGACACUUGAUGAAGUGCAGCCCAGAGCAACUACGGCCAGCCAGCCAGAGGGAGGAGUUGGUGGAGUCUUUGGCCACGGAUGAUCAGACUCCCUGGACCUAUACACGUCUGGCCGAGGAGAUUGGGGGAACGCAGUACGAGGAUAUCAGCGAGGAGGUGCCCACUCCAAACGAGUGGCAACGUGCCCAAGAUCAGGCAGAGGAGGUGCUACCACGAAGGAGCCGCAUCCGAGGAAAGCGGCCGGCACCAGAGCGAGGCGAAGACCUGGACCUGGAGGACUCCGGCAACAACGAGCCGGGCCAGCCAAGCGUGGUACGGCGACGAGAUCAACUUCCAGGAAACUUGUCCAACGAGACAGCUGCGGUGGCCAUCGAGUUGGAGAUGCCAAACAGCAAUAAAGGUUGGGACCGCUUCUUCAACAAUCCGCAGGCCUACUUCGUGGGGGCCCUCAAGAGGAGGGCCGUUGAGGUCAGCGAGAAACGCCUGUCUCCGGAAGACCGGGAACGCUUUCGCGAGGCAAAGAAUAAGGAGGUCCGCAACUUCAUCGGGGCGAAAGCCUUCGAGGCCCUUCCGGAGCAUCUGAAGCCUUCAAAAGAGCAAGCCAUCGGCAUGAGGUGGUUGCUCACCUGGAAGGCUCAGGAAGACGGGAGUGUCCGGCCUAAGGCCAGGGCCAUAUUAUUAGGCUACCAGGACCCCGACUACGCCUUCCGCUCAACCACAGCUCCAGUAAUGACCCGCCAGACGAGGCAGCUGUUCCUCCAAGCAGCCGCCAACCACAGAUGGAGAAUACAGAAGGGGGACAUCACUGGAGCGUUCCUCCAAGGCCGGGAAUAUCCGAGCGAGCUUUUUUGCAUACCCUGCGACGAAAUCCUGGAAAGCAUGAACCUCCCU